AGCUGAACACUCCUGGUUCACACACUUGCUCUCUCGUGCUCUUCCUCACACCCUCUGUGGUGUGGUGGAGCAGCUAGCCUGUUACCUUGCUCGCUCUCUCAUUACAAGUUUGUAGUAGUGAUGUGAAAGACAGAUGGUAAGCUUGGCAGGUAAUUAAGGGUUAAGGACAGUCUCCCUGGUUGCAGGGGAGAGGGGGCAGUGUUGGUUUAUUUUAGUAUUCCACCACGGGAUUGGAGGGCUCAGAGGGACUGGGAUUGUCUGGGUUAUACUGCUUGUCUGGACUGGGGUACUGGUGGGUUGCACUGGGGCAGAAGAACCAGACUGGUCUGCUGUACUGGGAGAGAAGUCUGGACUAUAUUAUUGAGAGACUACUACUGCCAGACUGGAUUAGACAAAGACUGGACUUUAUUUUUUUGAGCUGGAGUUUUUCUGGGCUGGACUGGGUGAGAAGUGUCUGGUACUGGACCUGGGAAAUUCAUUCUACAGGUACAGUAGACAAGACUGGAGACUGUGUGUGUGAGUGGGCUCUGUGGAGACUGGUAGAUGGACUAAAGGGUGAAGCAAGUGUUCUGGACCUGUGUUAUACUGGUAACAGUGGAAGGACUGGGAGAGACAAACUCGCUCAGUACCUGAUGAUCUGAGUCCCGAGGAGAGACAGGAGUUGGAGAGCAUCCGCCGUAGGAAACAAGAACUACUGCAGGACAUACAGGAAAAGCAUGCAGAGAAACAAGCAGGUGUCCAUGGGGUGCAAGAAGUUCAACAUGGACCCAAAGAAGGGGAUCCGGUUUUUGAUUGACAGCGGUCUGCUGAAGAACACCAGUGAUGACAUCGCCCAGUUCCUCUAUAAAGGGGAGGGGCUAAACAAAACUGCCAUCGGAGACUAUCUGGGGGAGAGAGAGGAUUUCAAUCUUGAGGUUCUACAAGCCUUUGUGGAGCUGCAUGAGUUUACUGACCUUAACCUGGUCCAGGCCCUCAGACAGUUCCUGUGGAGUUUCCGGUUGCCAGGUGAAGCCCAGAAGAUCGAUCGCAUGAUGGAGGCGUUUGCCCAGAGAUACUGUCACUGUAACCCUGGCGUCUUCCAGCACAGCGAUACGUGUUAUGUGUUGUCGUUUGCUGUGAUCAUGCUGAACACCAGUCUCCAUAACCCCAAUGUGAAGGACAAACCCUCCCACCAGAGAUUCACCACCAUGAACAGAGGAAUCAACGAUGGCGGAGACUUACCUGAGGAUCUACUCAGGAACCUGUAUGAGAGUAUAAAGAACGAACCCUUUAAGAUCCCAGAGGAUGAUGGGAACGACCUCACACACACUUUCUUCAACCCUGACCGGGAGGGCUGGCUACUCAAACUAGGAGGGCGUGUGAAGACGUGGAAGAGACGAUGGUUCAUCCUCACAGACAACUGCCUGUACUACUUUGAGUACACUACUGAUAAGGAGCCUAGGGGUAUCAUCCCUCUGGAGAAUCUUAGUAUUAGAGAGGUGGACGACUCUAAGAAACCAAACUGUUUUGAGCUGUUCAUCCCGGACCACAGGGAUCAGGUGAUCAAGGCGUGUAAGACCGAGGCGGACGGACGCGUUGUCGAGGGCAACCACACCUUCUAUCGAAUCUCUGCCCCCACAGCUGAGGAGAAGGAAGAAUGGAUCACCAGCAUCAAAAAAGCCAUCAGCAGGGACCCCUUCUAUGAGAUGGUGGCAGCCCGGAAGAAGAAGGUGUCGGCUCUGACUAGCCCGUAGAAAGGCCCCAGGCUCCAGCACUUCAGCAGGAGAAGCAGCAGACCUCACUCUACUCUAUAGCCUAGUGUCUAUGGACCUGAACUAAAGGAAUUACUAAAGGAACUAUAGAAUUAUGUACAUAAGAAAGCAGAAUGUCCCCACAAUCUGAAAGGUGGAAGCUGUCAUCAUAUUGAUUACAUGUUGCAUUCUUCAGAUACACAAACACUGGAGGGGAAGGAUUUUGAAGGGGCACGGGUUUAGGAUGGAGAUCAGGAUGCAGAGAGGAUUGGACCUCCUUCAGCACCCUCUACAGGAAGUUACAUCAUGCAAUAUUUUGCUUUGAUAUAAAAUGAACAGAGAAAGGUGCCAUUAACCUCUUUACAUAAACCUCUUCUCAUAGUGCUGUCAUUACUACAGAGCAUCAUCUCUUUCUGAAUGGUUCCCAUAACAAACCACCAGUGUUUCCUCUCUCGCUCUCUCCCCUUACGGGUCGAGAUGAUACUUUGCUGUUUUGUUAAAUGUUUCCGGGACAUUGGCCUGUCAGUGAUCCGGGGGGUGAGAUAUGGGAGCUGAUUCGGCACAAUAUUUUUUUUUUAAAUACUGUCUCGGCCGAAAGCCUUGUUAUGCCAUCACUGUGUUAGUUCUGCUCUUAAUUUAGUUUCUUGUUUUGAUACCUCUGUUACUACAACUGCACAGUCAUGUGGAAGGAGGUGGUAUGGAGGGAGGGGAGAAAGAUAUCAAGAAGGGGAGAGGGAAACAAAGGAUCGUAAAUCUAUCACUACUCAGGUUGAAAUAUUCUGUCUCUUAUUCUGAUAUUGUGAUGAGUACUUUUGCAGAAGCAGUAAAUUUGCAGGGAAGGAUCAUUUUUAUAAAGACCUUUCACAGUGUUAUUAUACAGUUGUAUGCUGUCUGUUACAAAUGUGUUGUCUUAUAAGAUGCAUUUCUGUCAUCAAUGACCCCUUUGGAGGGCUGUGUUUUUGUUUUUCAUUGGCAGAUAAAUUCAUCAGUAAUUUUAUGUUUUAAGUUUAUGAAAUGUAAAUCAAGCUUGAAUUAUUUGUUUGUUUAUCAAUAAUACAUAUAAUUUCUUGUAAAGUUGUUUUGUAUCAUAAAGGUUUGUGCCUCUUUAUGCCAUCAUAUGUUUAUUUAUUUGAUUUCAGUUAACCAGAUC